CGUCAUCCUACUUCUCCUUCUUCUUUCAUCUCUCCUCCCUCCAAUCCAUGGCGUCGAAGCAGCAGCGAACUGCUGAUGGGGAUGGCCCCCUUCCCCGAGAAGGAGGACCCUCGGCCAAGAGGGCCCGUUCGGAGGCGGUGCAGCCAUUCCCCUCUCCCCUCAGGGUGGAGCUCAACCCGGCCGACUGCGACCUAGAUUUCGAGGUGGGUGAAGAUGGCCUCCGAGGACAUGCGCUGCAUGAAGAAGGAUUCGCCUACUGCUGGUCCGGUGCCCGAGCUUCUGUUGGGAUGACCGCUGGAAAGUACUGCUUCGGUUGCAAAAUCAUUUCUGAGCAGGUGGUCGACAUGGCAGACACGCCCUCUGAUCAGCAGCAUCUGUGCCGCGUCGGUAUUUCGAGAGGGGCCGAUCCCGUGGGGAACCUUGGAGAGACUGACCAUAGCUUUGGAUUUGGCGGGACCGGCAAAUUCUCGAACAAGGGCAACUUUUCGCACUACGGUACAAAAUUUGGUGUUGGAGAUACAAUUGUCUGUGCCGUGGACCUCGAGAGUAGGCCGUUAGCUUCAAUUGGGUUCUCGAAAAACGGUCAGUGGUUGGGCAUUGCCCAGCAUUUUGAUGCUACUUCAAGGGGUCUUGGCAUGGUGGACGCUCCGUUGCGGACUUUGCCCUGGGAAUCUGCGUUAUUUCCUCAUGUUCUCUUGAAAAACGUUGCGGUCCAGUUGCAAUUUAGCUUGGAGGAUGGGUUGGUUCCGGAGGAUGGGUACAAGCCAUGGAGUUCAGCCCUUGCAGAUCGAAAUGCAAUAUUUGGCCCCACUUUCACGAGGCAAAAAGAAUGUCAAGUGUUGAUGAUGGUUGGCUUACCUGCCUCUGGGAAGACUACAUGGGCAGAAAACUGGGUGAAAGAUCAUCCGGAGAAGCGAUACAUCCUUCUCGGUACUAACCUUGCUUUGGAUCAAAUGAAGGUUCCAGGGCUCUUACGUAAGAACAACUAUGGUGAACGUUUUGAGCGCUUGAUGAAUCGUGCGACGGGAAUAUUUAAUACCUUAUUAGCUAGGGCUGCAAAGACUCCCCGCAACUACAUUAUUGAUCAAACCAAUGUUUACAAGAGUGCUCGUAACCGAAAACUAAAAGCAUUUGCAGAUUACCACAAGGUAGCAGUUGUCAUAUUCCCACCACCAAAUGAGCUCAAGUUUCGGUCAGAGAAACGAUUUAAGGAAAUGGGAAAGGAGGUUCCUGCAGAAGCAAUAAAUGAGAUGAUUGCCAAUUAUGUCUUACCAAUGAAGAAAAGCAUGCCUAAUUCAAAUGAAGUUUUCGAUGAGGUUAUAUUUCCAGAGUUAGGCAGAGAAGAAGCAGAAAGACACUUAGAUGAAAUGAAGUGUGCACUAGGAUCUCCCAGCAUAAAUUUUAAGAGGGGUUGCACACCUUAUUCUCGUGAAGGCUCCAUCCAGUCAGUGUCUAACCGUUCUGUUGUGAGCAAAGAAGCUUCUUCAGUUCCUGGUGAUCAGUGCCCGAGUUCUCAGCACAUAGUCUUGCCUCCGUGUCGUGAUUCCCCAAGUAAUCAGCAAGUCGAUCCAGCAUAUCCAUGGGUUGGUUCUUCAGGUGAUCCCAUGACAAGGUCAGGUGUUCUGGGUUCUCACAUGCCACAGCAUCUCCAGCACAGAAGCUAUUCGGAGUAUGAUAGGAGUUUGCCCUAUGUUCCCUAUGGAACCUACAAUACUGCAAAUCCCUACGAGAGAAUUAAUCGCGAAGGUGGUUGGAUCCCUCCGGGUGAAGUUAGCCUCCAUCACUAUCAAAGAUACAGUGAUGCGGAAGCCUUCAGGAGUCCUGGCCUUGAGAGUUCAAGUCCUUAUGGAAAAUCAAACUAUACACAUUUGUUUACUCCACCUUCGUAUGCUGGACAACCAUUGCCAAGUUUUGGUCACCAUACUGGUAGGGUACAUUUGGAUGAAUGGCGUAACCCUGUACAAGACACCUAUGGUUCACCAUACGCAGCGCCGCAUCCUAGGCCUCCUUAUGGAGCCCCUUCCCCAAGGCCCACAAACCCUCGCCCUGGUUUCUGGUAUCGCUAAAUGUGACUGGUCAUUUUUGAAGUAAGUCCUGAUAUGGCCAUCUUCUCGGAAACUACUUUCAGCUGUAUAUUCCUGACCAAGCAAUUCUCGAGGGAUUGCUUUCAGCUGUAUAUUCUGAUUAAGAAAUACAUGUAACUUCUUCCCAUUUUCUGUUCAGCUGUAUCUGAUGUGAUCAUAUGAAUUUGAUAGUGAUAACCUAUAGUUGUAGUUAAAAAGUUAAUCUGGCAAGAACUCUGGAAGAGUAUGGUGUUUACUAUGUUCUGACCAUCCAAACAAUUGUGUGGUAGCUGAGUUAAUGCAAGGUUGAAAUCUCAUUGUUGAAAUGCUGAGAAACGAGAGUUUAUAGGAUAUCCUUUCUUUUUCGA